GAUGGAAAACAGCUUAAUUCGGUAAUCCGCGUAAUGGCAGUUUUGCCGCUUUACGACAUUGCCGGGUUCUCAGAUCUUCGAACGACAAUGGAAACUCAAGAGAUUUGUAACCCAAAUAUGGCUGUUCUGGUAACCGAAUACUAUAUAUAUAUAAAGAUAAACGAAACCCCCUUUCUUCGUUCUGUAUAUUCUUAUAUUCUCGAUUUGUCUCUGUUGAAACAGAGACACAAAGGAGGAGGUGAGGGAGGGAGGGGGAGAUGGGCAUGGCCAAGGAAUCAAGCAGGAAGUGUUCACACUGUGGAAACAAUGGACAUAACUCAAGGACAUGCAAUGAGAAGGCUGGGAUGAAGCUUUUUGGUGUAAGGAUUUUGAAAAAAGAGGAAGAAAGUAUGAAGAAGAGCUUGAGUAUGGAGAAUUUGAGGACAUGCCCAGUUGAUCAGGGGUCUUCUGAUCCUGGGUAUUUAUCAGAUGGACCUGUUCAAACAAGAAGAGCCACCACACAGGAAAGGAAAAGGGGGGUGCCAUGGACAGAGGAAGAACACCGAACUUUCCUAGCAGGAUUAGAGAAACUUGGGAAAGGUGACUGGAGAGGAAUUUCAAAGAACUUUGUGACCACCAGAACACCGACCCAAGUUGCUAGCCAUGCUCAGAAAUAUUUUCUCAGGCAGGCUUUAUCUAAUAAGAGGAAGCGUCGAUCAAGCCUUUUCGAUGUGGCCAUUAAAAAUGUAGAUCCAGCUUCCCAAACUGCACCAGUUUUGCCCCUUACAAGUACUAAUGAAGCCUCAGAGAAGAUGCUUCAGUCAGGUGUGUCAGCACAAAUUACAGCCCAAGUUGCUGGUCUAGGAUUAGAAUCUCCACCGAUCAGCCCCAUAUCUGUAACUUCUGGUGCUCCCAAUCUCAGUAGGAUCCCAUAUACGGCGGGAUUUGGUGGCAUGAGACUGAACUAUCCAGCAGUUAAAAUCGUUCCAACUGUAUCCUACAUCCCAGUGAUGAAUUAUCCCAACCAAGGCUACACAUACCGACCUAAGGCCCACAACAGCCUUGCUGCUUGUGCGCUCAUUCCAUCGCAAUUGCCCAUCAAUCCCAUACCUCAACUCCCACAAUGUGUAUCUCAGACCGAUCCUGGGGCUUCAACUACUGUGAACACUGAUCUAGGUUUAAGUGUUACACCACCUCAACCGCCUGACCGAGACAAGUUGUCAGCUCAGACAUCCAAUUUCGGUGGGGCUAUUAGAGUUAUCUGAGUUCUGUUUGGGUAGAUGAUUUGUCCUCUCAUUUUUUUCCAUUAGAAGUUGGAUAACGAAAUUCUUUUUCAGCUCUAAUGAAA